UUACCGGUAUUUUACCAUUGGUUUUGUAUUUUGUAUUACGUUAGCUACUUUUAAAAUACUUUUAAGUCAUUUGGAUGGUUGGUUAAGUUUUGUUAGCUUAAUUUAAAACAUUGUUUAAUCGUGUGAAUGGCUGGAGGGAUAAGGUAAUUUAAUUUCGAACACUGUUCAAUUAUUUGAAUGAUUGGUUGUAUACAAUAUUCAUUUAAAAUACUGUAUAUUGGUGUAAAUGUUUGGGUAAGUUACGUUAGCCACAUUAAAAAUACUUAACGGCGUUCUUCGGGAUAGGUGUUAUUCAAAAAACCAUUAAAUGUUCUUAAUGGAGAACCUUCUCUAGAAAAUUAGCAUUACUUGAAAUAGGGAUAACAAUCUGCAGGUAGAGAAGUAAAGAUUGUGUUAGGUAAGUUCCGGGAAGAGGAGUGGCAGAUUUUGCAUUUAAAACUGCAGAAUAAAAAGUACGAAUUUUUGAAAAAUUUAAAUAUUUAAGCUUUGUGAAACGAUUAAUAACCAUGCAACAUUUUUAAAUAAUCAAUAUUAAUAUUACAAGAGUGACAUAUUUUUAAUUAUAUAAUCUUGAUUUUUGAAAUAAAUGCUUUUUUUUUCGGAUGAGGUUGUACUAACCAGCGAAAUGAUUUUUUUUCCGUAUCUAAACUACCGCGUUAUUAUUUUCCUGCCUAGUAUUUUGUUAGUACAAUAUAUAGUACACAAUAUAUAGUGCACAAAAUAAUUUAUUACGGUUGUGGCAAACAACAGUUAACUGGUGUCACUGCUACAAAAGUUUAACAUUAUUUAGCCAAACUUGUGUUGUGAAUGUAUUACACUGAAAUAAAUAAUAAAAUCACUUCAGGCUAUAUAAAAAAAGAUUGUCAAAAUUAAAUGAUAUCGUAGCUUUCGUCCAUUCGAAACCUAAAUUGGGCGGAGACAAAACAAAAUACAGAAAAAAACUUAUUUUGUAAUAAAUGAGGCAAUAAAAUUAGUUAUAGGUAUCUAAUUUCUUAAUUUAUUUACUUGAAUGGAAAUAAAUUUGCCAUUAGAAUCAUCAUUUGUUGAUAACCGCCGUUCUAACAAAAUGUAAAACUCAGAUUAACGUAUAUUUCCGUAUACAUAGCCUACUUUAGCAAAAUAUCUCCAGAGUGACGUCACAAAUUGCUAGCCAGUGAAAGAGAAAGGUGCGCAAAAGGAUACAUAUAUAACUUCACGAUGAUUCACCCGUUAUGUUCACAGUUGACAGAACAGAAGAACGAAUGAAUAUCAAGCAAUGAUUUGUGUAACAUUUUCUUAAGUGUUAUGAGUACGUAAUAAAUAUUCUCGCAGAAACUGUAUGGUGUUAUUUUCAGAACUCUAUUCUUCCUGGCUAGCACCUGUGACGGGAGAAAAACAUAAAGCUUUUUGUAUUCUUUGCAAGAAAGAUUUUGCCAUUGGUCACGGAGGGUUAAAUGACGUAAAAGCUCAUUACAAAGGCAAAAAGCACAAACAUCUUCAAAUUCAGAAAGAAUUGGGAAAGUAUGUGGAACCAGUGAAAAGGCGUUUUAUUGAAUUACAGAAACAAGAAGAUUUAAUCAAUGAUAAAGUGCACAUCAAAGACGAGCCAUUGUCGAGAAACUCUGAGUGCGAGAGCGAGUGGUGUGACUCGUCGCAGUACUUGGAGAAGGACCUGUUGCCAACUGAGAUAGAGUCAAGAUUGGUGGGCAGGAAGGCCAUGAACUCGCAGAAGAUGUUGUCGCAGCAGUAUUGUCUGCGGUGGAAGUACCACCACAACAACCUACAGGUGAUGUUCAGCCAGCUGCUGGAGCGGGAGAGCUUCUGUGACGUCACGCUCGCCUGCGAGGGAAAGACCCUGCGUGCACACAAGGUCGUGCUGUCUGCAUGCAGUACUUACUUUGAUGCAAUAUUCUCGCAGUAUGAGGAGAAAAACCCUAUAGUGAUUCUCAAGGACGUUAAGUUUGCUGAUAUCAAAGCUCUGGUUGAGUUCAUGUACAGAGGGGAAAUUAAUGUUGAUCAUUCCCAUUUAGCAUCCCUCUUGCGGACGGCGGAGGACUUGCGCAUUAAAGGCCUCGCUGAAGUGUCCUGGCGCUCUGACAAUCAUACAGAUAAUGGAGUGGAACAUCGCUUGGAAUCCAUGGGGAAUGGCAGUGACUUUGAGUCACCACCCAAUAAAAGGCGAAAGCCACAGAUGAUGGAUUCCAACAUGGAUGGUUUCAAUCCACAGGUGGCCAGCAUAUCUGGGGCAGAUGGAUCGGGUGAGAUGUUCUUGCACAACAACGUCACGAGCAACGUGGAUGGGGAAGUGUCUGGCUGGGGUGAGCCUGAACAUGAUGUGGUGCCUAGCAACCAAGGAGCGGAUGUGAAGUCCCCCAUGGUGAGCACCAUCUUGCAGCAGCCGACCUUGCAGCAGGCUGCAUCUGCAUCUGCGAAGGCUCACACUGCAGAAACCUCAAAUGAAUUUGCUGAAACUAAACCUAGCCCAGCUGUUUCAGAAGGCAUAAGUCCACACAUAGCCGAACAGUAUCGGGAUGUUAUUAAGCUGAAUGAUUACUUAACGACUGGUCGUCGCCCACAGUUCUGGGAGGAACCAUUCACAAAGCGUGUCAUGGAAGCCAUCAAAAGCAAAGAGCUGGAGAUGAAGACUGGUGCAGAAUUGUUAGGGGUCUCGUAUGGCACACUCUAUGGCAGGUAUAGGGAUGCAUAUGGCUGCCUCAAACAUCCUUACAGGGUCAGAGACUUCUGGUCUGAAUCUGGGCCAGCAGACGUGCUCGCCAAGGUUCAGCGGAAAGAGCUGACGCUGUUCCGGGCGGCUGAAAUGUUGAACGUGACGGUGACGACCUUGGCCAACUACCUGUCGACGCUGAGGCGGGCGGGCUCGUCCUCCGGUGACGAGGCCAUGGAGGAGCUGCGCUGUGCCGACGAGUCGUACGGCGAGCUACCAGCGAGGACCAUGCCCCGGAAGCUGUCCGCCCUGGAGAACAACCCUGACAUCACCAUCGUGAAGCAGGAAGCCACGAGGCCCGACUCCAGCCACGAGGAUGACAUGCCUCUGUCGCCCAUCACCAUGAACAACAACGUGGACCACUCGGACAGCAACGUGCAAGACAAUCACGACUAGGAUUCUGCGUGAGUCCUAGCGUUUCCUUUCCUGUUGCAGACAGAGACACCGGAUCGUCACAUUUUAUUUCAUCAGAUAUAUAUAUAUAUAUAUAUAUAUAUAAUGUCAAGGUAGGAUCUUUUAUUGAAAAAUUUUUUAUUUGAAAGUAAAGGAGAUAAAGUGUAGUCGCAUAAUUGAAUGCUAACACUUAGUACCUGACCUGGCCAGGAAGCAGCACACACAUUCAGGUUUUGAAAACUGUCAUUGAAGUAAUGUUUAUACCAAAGUAAAUGUUUUAUGUGGAAUGUUUUUCUUAAAAUAUAUUUUAUUUGUUAUAGGUUUUUAUAAAAAAAUAUGUAAGCGGUGGACCUGAGGGCAAUGUAGUGAGAAUUUUCUCUGUAAUUAUGGCACAUAGGCAGUUCUUCAGUAUUCAGGUAUACUGAUAACAGACUGCAUUGCCGGAGAAAACAGGAAUGCCCAAUUAAACCCGUUGGCAGCAAUGUACGCGAUUCCAAACUUAGAAACUGCAUUAAUUCUGGAAAAAAAAAUAGUGUACAAUAAGAAUGUAAACAUGAAUUUUCAUUGUAAUUCUGUUUGUAUUCAAAGUCUAGGAUAUUUACGAAUAUUAAUUUUUCACCCGAAUUGAAUACUAAUCAUCUGAAUAGUGUCUUGGACUUUGCAAAUUUCAAAGGUUUGCACAGCUAUACUUGAUAGUAUGACAAGUGUAUUUCUUGAUCUUGUCCAAGUCUUUUGUUGCAUGCUACAUUCUUAGAUAUUCUUUUUAAAGAUAGAUUUCACGUGGUUCCCUGGGGAUCCACAAUAUGUGAACAAAGACACAGGUAGUGCUGCCACUAGUCAUUUGAGUUUAGAGGGGAACUGAUACACACUAAUGAAGCUGGCAUACGUGUCAGUGAUUCAUCCUAAGACAUCCAUAUAGGCGUUCUCUUCUGUUGGUUGUGAAUUUGCGGUGCGUCGUAACCACAGACUUCUGCAAUGAACCAACCAAUUUAGAGAAAUCCAACAUGGCAUCUUCAGUUAACAUGAAGGCUCUGGGAGUACUACUGCCACAGGUGUAGUCUUCAUAUGAUUCCCACAGUGGACACAAAAGAACAUAUAUAUAAAUGUGAGCUUCAAAAUUACGAUGUCUCAAUCUCCUGUAUUUUGCUUGAUAGCUGAGUCAUCAGUCAUACCACAUUGAUAAAUGCUUGUCUUUUUUAUUGUAACAGUAGCAUAUAUGAUAAUAAGCAAUAGUGGGGAUCCUAUUCAUUGUUAAAAAAUUAAAUUAUAUUUCCACAAGUUUGGGUUAUUUAUCACAAACAAGUAUAUCCAAAUAGUUUUUACAAUCAAUACAAUAAAUAUGACUUAAAAUUGAUAAUACCAAUAAAAGCAAACAAAAAAAAACUACUGAGCACGAUUAGCCAUUUUCCUUUCGUCAUUUUUCCCGUACUGAAAAAUGAAUCACUACAAAAUCUGCUAGAUUGGAAUCAAGGUGCAUCGGAGGAAUCCAAACCUAAAAUAGCCUUCGAAACGUGGCCACCGAAUUGGCCUAGCCGACAACAUUCAAAGUAUUUACCUACCCGAUACAGUGUACUUACAAAGUUAAGUUACGAGCUGACGUCCUUGGGUGAAUUCUAACUGAACGUGACUGGUCCCUCUGAUCGCUCGGACCCAGUUAGCCAACUGACCAGAAUUACCCUGGACCGACAAGCCUCUCUAGCCCUACUAGCCUCUAUUGCCGAGCCUUUUAUAGCACUUCGACUGACGUCAAUCCAGUGGCCAUGACCGGGUGCUUGUACCUCCUCCCCACAGGCAUCUCCUAGCUCUGGUGCGCAUGUCGCUCUGCAAAUUGCAUCACCCUGGUCUUGUGGGGGAUUUACAAUAAGUUCUCUGUAUUCGCGAGUGCAACUGCCUGCCAUUAUGAUUUCCUAUGACGGACGCAAGCCGGCACUCUGGCACGGCACUGCUGUAUUCAUUUCAAGACUCAUGUCAGAUGCCAGCCUUCUUGCCCGGCUAGUACCUCAGUGCAAAUUCACCUCUCUCACCACCUUACUUGAAAGUAACUCCGCAGAGGGGACUGCCAAAAGUAUUACUAAUAAACUGUCUUGUUACUGACUGGCCCAAAAUUUGUGCGAGGGAACUUUUCCGCAUCUGUGUUCCCAAGUUCCCAACGGUUAACAAACCACAGAGUGUACUUAACUGCAGCCGCACCCUUGUGAAUUUAAUUCCAUUUCUUAGUUAUUGAUGUCUAAACUUCUUAGUUUUUGGUAUACAACAUUUGGUAGGAGUAAUUUUGUGAAUGUAACAGAAGUUGCAUAGAAUGGAAAUGUGUAACCAUGGUGCUUCCAUCUGUGGCAGAUAGCACAAACCAAAGUUCAUAGAGACCUCAUAGUAUUAAAUGUUUAAUGAAUCUUAACAAGAUGGGCAGUAUUUUAUUAAAUUACUUGUCGAAAAUCUGGUCCAAAGCCGGAGUUUAAUAUUAAGUCUUUUUGCUUUUAUUGGAGCAGUUCAUUUUGUAGUUUAACCUUUUACUCUGCAAAUCAAAUGAUUCAUUAGUCAAUGUAGCUGCUCCGGCUGUGAAUUCUAGCAGCGGGUGCAGAAACUACAUGCAAUUGGGGUCAAGAAGUACAGUUGAAAACACAAGUUUUGUUUGUUUAUCACGCUUGGAAUUAUUUUUAAGAAUUCUGCGUUAAAUUUUUUGUCCAUAUUUCAUAUUAUAAGUGUAUUUGCAACAUGAGAACACUUGAAUUUGCUCAUUACCAAGUUAGAUGUUUACACAUCACGGGCAAUUACUGAAAAACUCACUUUUUUUAUAAUCCACCAAUUAGGCAAUUACUUUUAAUUACAGCGUAUUCGACGCAACUGAACAGUCUAUGUUGUAGCAUCACCUUUCAGCCUUGACAGCAUCAAUUUUGACAUUCACUGAAGUCUUUGUUUCAUAAUUUUGCAGCUUACCGUGUUAAUUUUAAAGCUGUGCUGAUACAAAUUGGCACAAGCAGAUUUUGCCAAUAUUUAGUUGAAUCCGUGUUUAUGCUGAUUCACAAUACGCUUAUUAAUUUUCGACUGAUAUUACUGAAAAAUGAAAGUUUCUGUCAUAACCUAAAAAUCCCUCGGUAUCUUUUUCAAUUUUCAUACUACUACAUAUACUUGGAACUCAUAUUUCCUUAGCUACAUGUGCCAGCCGUACAUAUCAAACAAUGUCCUGUGUUUUAUAAACGUUAAAUCGAAUGUAUCAUAAAUAAAUAAAUCACCAUCACUGGAAAAUGCCAAUUUCUUGAAUAUCAAAGAAAUGUUUGUGGCGGAGACAUUUUUUGAUUAACUUGCGUCAAGUUUUAUUAAAAAUUGAAUUAAAAAAAUAACUGAUUACAUAGGGCUUAGCAUAAUGUAAAUUACUUUUACUGUUUCCUGUGCAAAGCGACCACACAAAACUCAUUUCCAUAUAAAUGUUCGGAACUGUGAAUUUUUGCCGCUGCACACGUAUAAGUUGGUAUUGGAAUUCUCGUUCUUGAAUUGUAAACAUGUACAAAGUCUCAUCUUGUACAUUUAAAAUUCUUUUCUUAAACUUCAUAUUUUGGGAAUCAAUAUAUUUCAUAGUUACCUAUUAUUAAAUUUACUUAUUUUAUUUAAUUACUUAUUAAAUUAUUAAAUUGUCCAGGCUUUAAUUAGUAAAUUCAUGUUUCAUUUAGCAACUAACGACUGAGAAUGUUUGUUUUGUGAAUAGACUAAACACAAUUAUGCGGUUAUGAAUAUCAGUUCUAGAGAAGUUAAUGCAAAUAAAUGAUUUCUGUGCAACAGAAACUAUGUCUUUCUAUUGCAAAGUACCUGUGUGUACCUGCUACUAGUGAUCCAUUUGAGAGACUUUUCAACACAUAUUUUUUUUGGCACUAAAAGACAUUCAUUGAAAAGUUAAGAAUGUUUUUCUUAAUAAAAAUCUAGGAAUUCUUGAAUCUCUACUAGUUUAGUUAAAUGUUUUCUAUAAUGAACCAAUGUGUGGCUAUGUAAAUUGGGUUUAAUGUUUAUUGUAAAAGCUUUGAUGACAGUGAACUUUAGGCAAGCACUCACUUGUUUUUAACCCCCGACGCAAACAGAGAGGUGUUAUAUAUUUAACAUGUGUAUCUGUGUGUCGGUCGUAGCUCCCAAACGAACAAACCAAUUUUGAUUAAGUUUUUUUUUUGUUUGAAAGGUGACUUGAUCGAAAGUGUACUUAGCUAUGAUUCAAGAAAAUCUGUUUAGCCUUUUGAAGAUCAUCAGCUCAUUCUAGCUGCUGAAGGGAUGUGAUAGUCCGGCAGAAAUUGGCCGUUUUUUGCAUGAAGUGAAAUUUGGAGUCUAUAGUUCUGUUUUAGGUGUCAAAUGAAAGAUAUAAGUGUCUUGUAACAAAAAAUGCUGGGUGACAUCUGCUAUCUGUUGAGCAUUUUAAGAUAUUCAAAAUGGUGGCCAAUAGGGUGUAAUAUGUUCAGAACUUGUAAUCAAAUUAUAUGAAUGUCAAAUUUGGUAUCAAAAUAUAUGUUUUAGGGGCACUGAAUCGAAAUACAAGCCUAUACACUAUGUAAAAAUAAAAAAAAACUAGCAGAUAAGCAACAUAUUUGCGAAAAUAAAUGUAUACAAUUUCGUAAUUCCUCAAUUUAUAUUUGUGUUGUUAAAUUUUUUUUGUAUAAAUAAACAUGUUUAGUGGCUCCAUACUUGAAACUUGGCUGUACAUCAUAUUUCAGGGGAAGAAACUUGAAAAAGUGUGAUUCAUAAAUUCUACAGCUAAAAAAAAAAACAUUAGUGAUAUACUUAAUAAUAUUCUCACAAACAUGUUAUGUCUUUCAGAUAUUACAUUAAUGAAUAGGAUAUUGAAUUAUUGAACAAGAUUUAAAUAACUUAGAUAUAUCAUCGGUCAUAUACCUAAAGGUAUUCUCACAACAAAGAAAUUAACAAAUACAUAUUAUGACUAUAAGACCAUUAAAACAUAUAUAUACUACGCAAUUAUAUUCUUACAAUUUAGGACGGGUUAUUGCAUUCCAAAUCUCUGCAGGCACAGAAUAAUUUGCAAGUAAGUCUUGAAGAAUAGCAACUACACUUUGAAGAUUUGCAAGGAGUCAGUUUUGUACAGCCACAUUUCACCAGCUUCAAAAUAGAUUCAAGGGCGUAAGCAAUCCCGCCUGGAACUGCAACAGGAAAGAGUGAUUUGUUCGCCACAUCCUUUGACCAGCCAUAUUCUACUGGAUCUAAGGUUGUAAGUUCAGGUUUGUUUGCUGAUUGCCAGAUACAAUCUUGAAAAUGUGCUCGUUUUACAUUUUCAAGAAAUGAUGCAGCAGUUGGGGGAAGUGUACGAAGGUUUGGAGCAGUGACAGAACCUGUACUAGUUUUCCUCGCCCAAACUUUUACACGGGUUUCUGACAUUGUUUUACAUCCACGUUGACUAUGGCACGCCGAUAUGAAGCUUGUUGCCCGAUAUGUAACAUUAUUCAUUUCUGCUCUCUCAUCUGCAAGCAAGGAGAGCGAUAACCCUGAUCGAAGUACCUUUACAACUUUGCCUUUACCUGUCCCAAAGUAGUACGCCACAGUGUCUCUUCCCGAAAGUGCAUGAGCAGCUAAAAGUUCUGAAAUAAUUGAAUAAUGUUUUUUUACUGUUUCUCCAAUAUCCACAACAGUCCUUUCUUGUACUGGUGAUUCCACACUCUAAAAAAAAGUUGUACUUUUACAAGGGAAAUUCUUGGAAACCCUGUUGCCGAGGAUAUUUCUUGCAAAACUACAAGGCAGAGCCUUGCAAAAUCGCACAUGGUACAAAGCUCUGCCUUGUAGUUUUACAAGUAAUAUCAUUGGCAACAGGGUUUCCAAGGAUUUUCCUUGUAAAAUAUACAAAAAUUUCUUUCAGUGAAUUAACACGCACUAUGCCUAAGGCCAUUUGCAGAUUAGUUGGGAAGUUUUAUUUUUGUACUUGUAACAAUAUUACCAAUCAAAACUGAAAGCAGUGAAUUGUCCAGUUUUUCAGAAAUACUACAUAGCAACUUCAUUAGAGUGUUACUGACUUGCUCUAAAGCAAUGUCUAUAUUGAUGGUACUUCUGUAAUUCGUACUUUUCUUUGGAAGUGAUUGUAUUUCUGUUGUUAUUGUUUUGCUUACCAUUGAAAUGGCAUUUUCAAUAUCAACUUCUUCGCUGUCCACAAAUUUUAGAACUUGUCUUGCUGUACUUUUAAAAAUAAUAAUGUUGGCAACACCCGGAGAACUGAGGACAACAAUAUCACUUCCAACUUUCGCUGAUAUUGCUUUGAUUAGAUGUUUUCUUGAGAGUUCACUCCCUGGUAUAUUGCUGGUAUAUUUCAUACAGUUCUACAGAUGUCCACAUUGUUGAUCUGUUACUAGUCACUUCAUUGAUGACAAGAUCUAAUGCCGCAUCAUUUUAACCUUCACUGGUUUCUGUCCUUGUAGCCAAUUUAAUAGAUUUUGGUGACAAAGUUUGAUCUACUGUUAACAUGAUAUCUUGCAUCUGCAGCAUGAAGGUCACUCAGUGAUCCCAAAACACGUAUGCGUACACUAUACGCGCAUUCAUCUUUUCGUAUUUCACACACUUGAAUAAUAGAUUCCUUGAAUGCCAUUUUUAAGCCACCCACAUUAGCCUCUUUACAGAUAUAGUCUGGUCUCCAACGUGAUGGAUUAUUUUCAUCCUUCGAGACUUUGCAUUCUUCAGCGCAAAAAAUGCAAUGUUCUUUAAAUGAUAAUAGAGUGUUUUCAUUAUUCCUUGUUAUUUUUGGAGAUCUCAAGGAUACUUCUUCUUGGCGCUUCCUCUGGCGAUGUCGUUCCAGCUGUGUCACUGCACAGUAUGUUGAUACACAACUCUUGUGGCACUUCACAAUCAAUUCACUUGUUACAGCUAUUUUUUUCUUCUAGCACAUUGUAGAGUUUAUCGUUGUAUACUUUACUGCAUUUUAUAAUAGUCUUUAUUCUUUUAUCACCACUUUCAAUAAGUCUUUCAUUGUAGUUUUCACAAUUAAAUUUCCAGUCAAACAGGCAUUUUUCUGCCAUUUUCUUCUCUAAUUUACUUCACAUUACACUUGCAACAAUAAAAACGUAUUAGCCAAUUCCUUCCAUCAUCCAUGAUCCACAAAAAAACAAUGUUCAUGCCACAGCAACUGGAAGAGUUACCUUUUAUACUAAUAUUCACAUGUCAUUAGGUAUAAAUGUAAAAAAAUCCGGCAUACAUAUUUAAAAUGUAAUUAAAUAAAAUUUUACACGAUAUCUAAACACAUAUUUUGAUUCAGCACCCUUGAAAACAUGUAUUUUGUUUCCAAAAAUUACCAUAAUAUGUUUGUAUUGCAAUUUUUGAAAAUAUAACACCAUAUUGGCCGCCAUCUUGAAUAUCUUAAAAUUCUCAACAUAUAGCCGAUGUCACCCGGCAUUUCCUGUUACUAGACAUAAUAAUCUUUCAUUUAAGACCAAAAACAGAACUAUAGACCACUUUUCCAACCCAUACCUCAGUUCUGCCGGACUAUGAGCAACUUCCACAGGUCUGGUUAAUUCAAAAUUUGGUAUCAUGUUACUUCAGUGAUAUUGCAAGAACAUGGUAACCUUGACCUGAUGCAGUAUGGUAUGGAUGGUGUAGUACGGUACAGACUACAAAAACAAAACAGUGGUAAAAAAAAUUAUAAUAUUUAAUACUUUUUAAUUAAUAGUCGCUUCAAGUGAGAAUUGAAAAAUCAGGUGUAUUUAAAAUUUUAAUUUAUUGUAUUUAUAUUACUGCUGGUUUAAAGAAUGAAAUCCCGUUCAAUUCAUCUUAGUUUUUUUUUAACUUUUCUUAAUGUAAAAAGAAAAGUGCAUUUAAUGCUUUUCUUGGAAUUAUUAUAAAUGAUUAUUAUUAUUAUUUUUUUUUUUUUUUUUAUACCAAAAUGUGUUUUCUCCUGUUUUGGUUCGGAAUUGGUGAAUUGGCAUCAGUUGUAUCGGCAUAGUGGAGAAAUUUUAUGAAUCGGUUCAGCUCUAGUUAAUUUAUUAGCAGUAGGCUUGUGUUUGCAGAACCAAUUUUUUUUCCCAACAACAAAAUUAUUUUUGGUGCUAUGGGCUGUAGAAGGGUGUCAUUGGUGCAGGGCAAUAUGAUAGAUGGCUACUGCUUACCUUAGGGUUUCUUCUGGGUACUUCAGUUUUUUCAUACUAUGGCUAUUGCUGAACCGUCGUAGCAUUUCGUUUCAUGUUAUGUUGCAGACAUGACAGCACAAAAACACACACACACUUCAGGAAGAAGCUCCUCCCCAUUACACUGUUUAUAUAACAUCAUGCAUUCUUUGGUUUUUUUUUUUAUAAAAUUGGUUCUAGUGAUAAUAUGUGUGUUGAAUAAGCAUCAGAGAUUGUGCUGUUAAAAAAAAUUAAUCAAUAAUAGUUCAAAAAUAUUAACUCAGUCUUGGAAAUAUCUGUUGUAACACUGAUGAUUAUCAAACGUUAAAUUGCCAUGGACAGGUGCUGCUAGUGUUGGGUCAAUAAUCGAUUCUCUUAUUUAUCACAAUAUAACUAAAUAACUUCUGAUGAUGGCUAUAUAGACAGUACAAUAAGAACAUUGAUAAUUAUUUAAUUAUUAUGGUCUUUAAACAUAUAUUAAUAUAUUUGUAUAUAAAAUAUUUAUUUAUUAAGAUUUUUAUACAUUUGAAACACAUAUUUUUUUAAAUAUCUUUAUUUCUUAUGUACAGCAUGGUGAAUAUUUUGGUUUAAAUUAUCUAAUGUUCUUCAAUACUGAUCUGAAGAAUAGUGCAAUAAUAUGAGUUUAAAAUUUUUUAUUUUAUGCCUUCAAAUGGUAUAUACAUAGGUAGUUUAAAAAUUUUGUUAUGUGUGUGUAUAUGGUUAGUACAGUUAUAUGUUGGUUUCACUUAUGCUUUUUCAAUAUAAAUACUUCACAAUUAUUUAAAAUGUUUUUAUUAUAAUUUGAAGUAAUACAUAUACAGUGAAACCUCAUUACAAAUAACCUUAUUUUAAAGGAUUUAUCACUUCAAAGUACAUAUUUUUUAUUCCCUACAAAGUUUUAUAUUUAUCAACAAAACUGUAGGUGUUUUCAAUUUCGGUAAAAUGAGAUUUCACAAUGUAUUUCAAUCGCAAUGUAAAUAAGCACAUAGUAGGUACUCUAUAAAAUAAAGAACCAAUUUGUACACAAUAUUUAUAGAAAUGCAUUUUAUGGCAUGUGUUAUAAUAAUUAGUAUUUUAGUUUAUAAAUUACUUAUUUAUUAUUCUUUAUGGAUAUAAUUUAUGCUGAUGCAGUGAAUGCAUAGAAUGGAGAGUAUUGAACAUUAUCCAUAGAGUUAAUUGAAAUACAGUAAAAGCUAGUUAAUUUGAACUAGAUCUUUUUGAAAAGCUGUUUAUUUGGAAUUAUUUAAAAGUACUCACCCACAAGGAAUACAAUUUAAUGUAUGUACUGUGUUUUUUAAUAUGUGUUAUUUGAAAGAUUUUACGAGCUGCCUCAAAUGUCUUUCUCCAAUCCUCAUUACCAAGUAUCCCCGUUAACAGUGUAAUUGAAAUUUUUUUUAGAUUAAUGCUAGAAUCUGAAACAAUGGUGUACAUAUUUCAAAAAUUGUAAUUUUUCUUCCUGCAUCAGCUGUGUGGAUACAAAUGUUGUUGGUCAUGGCUCUUCAGUUAACAAGCUUUUACUGUUAUAUAAGACUUAUGAAACGUUAGUGUAGGCUGUUUUCUAGUUGCAUUAUGUUUGUGGAGGAAUGAAACAGCAACCUGCUGUGGCAUAAUGAUUUUUAUGCCAUUGUUUGUAGGUAAUACUGUGUUAGGUUACUACAUACUAGGCAAUUCACGUUCCCAAACAAAAUAUUGCUUUUGAUUUCUGCAUUAAAAAUUUAUUUAUUGUAAAAUAAUAGCAAAUCUGAAGUGGCAGUUAAAAUGUAAAAGAUAGGAAUUUUGAGUACUUACUAAUGAAUUAUAGAUUUAUAUUAAGUGAACCAUACAUGACACUGUUUAGUUGGUAACCUCAUUUCAUUGGACUAAAAUAAGUCUGGCGAAGAUUCAUGAGCCAAAUCAAUGUGGUACAUUUUAGUUCAUGAGUGGACGUUAUCUGUGAUGAACUAUGAAUUAAAUAUUAUUUAUGUUAAAGAACUGGUCAUUCAGUGUGGUUUGUUUUAUAAUGAUACUACACCAAAAUUUUCAAAAAGUGUCCAUAAAUCUGAAUCUUAAUUUAAUGAUAAAACUAUAUUUUUUUUUCUGCAAAAAAACCUGUAAUUGCAUGAGAGGCAAGUGAGCUGUUUACGGUGUUAAUGAGUUUAUGUCCAGAAAUGCUUGAGAUUGUCUUUGUAUGACAAUACAGCAUUUUUAAAACAUAGGAAAUAAAAUGGUCUCUCAGUUGUGUUACGGCAUAUGAAUAGUACCUGUAAUUUUUCAAAAUUGAACAAGUGGGUUUAUAUUUAAAAAAAAAAAUUCACAAAUCAGAAUCCUGUUUGCAUGAAACAGUAAUUAUGAAUGUUAUUCUGUAUGUGCUUGUCCGUCAGUCUAUAGCAGCACUGUUACCAGAAGUCGUGUGUCAUGGUUUUGUUGCAAGAAUGUUGCCAAGUUUCUUUUGUUUACUACAGAAUAACUGACUUGAGAAGUAAGGUGGUAGUUAUAGUUUGUUUUAAGCUGCGUUUGUAGACUGGUUCACGAUAAAGUCAGUUGAUUAAGUAACGUGACUGCAGCCAUGACUUGUAAACAUAGAAAUGUAUAGUAAAUUCAUUUCAUGCCAAGGACUUGCAGUCAAUUGAUCUUCAGCUCCAGAGAGAUCUGUUUAUGAUUGUGACAUUUAUAAAACUACUCUUCACUAAACAGCACUUUGCACAAUUCUGACAGUAGACUUAUUCACAUAUAGCAAAAAUAUCAGGUGUUUGUGAUGUACAACAGUUUCUUUUACACCUAUUUAUUUUACAAAAAUAACCUUUAUGUAUUAACAUUUGCUGGUAAACAUUUGCAAUUAUGUAAAAUUGUGUUUUUAUGGUUCAGAAGUAUAAACUUGGAUUGAAAUAAACUGGAAAACUCUUCAUAAUUUAAGUAAAUUAAAUUAGUAAGAUAAUUUAAUUUAGUAUUUACAACUGCCAAAAGUACUUCUGCAAAUCAUGUUAUGCUAGGUAAAACAUUCUCAGUGUGUAGUCAUUUUGAGGUUAAAGGUUUUUAUUAUUUAUUACACAUCAACUUUGCUUUGCUCUUCUCUUAAUUUUUCUACGUGCCUGGUUUUUUUUUUUUUUUUUUUUUUUUGCCAGUUUUAAACUGUUGAAACUUUUCGAGCCAUUAAGAGUUGUGCAGAUUAUGUGAAAUGCAGUAUAACUGCAAUCAACAGAAAAAUUGUGAACAAGAUUUUAACUGAAGUGUAGUGAUGCUUCAAAAAUAGUUUACCUAAUUCGAAAGUAAUAUCCAUUUCAUCUAAAUGGGGUUGACUGCAUGCAAGGAAAAUCUAUGCAUAUUUAAAUCAUGUGUCUUAUGCUAGUUGUGCAUGUGCACUUUAUCAAGAAAAAAUAUUAAAAACAGUGAGUCUUCUACCUACCUGAAUUUUUUUGGUUUUUAAACAGAACCUGCUAAUGAGAUUUGAUUUAAAUAAAUAUGAAUUGUUCAUAAAUGAUGUGUAGUGAAUGGUAUAUCUGAAUAUUAGAUCUAAAAUUUUUUAUUUUUUUUUAAGAUAGAACAGUGGGAUCUGAUUUAUCUAAUUGAGUUGAUGUGUAUAAUUUGCAAAAUACCAAGAAGAUACAUAUUGUAUGUAAGCCAAGUGUGGUAUAUGGUUAUGGUGUCAUAAAAUUACAGUUUUUUCUUGUCUUUUCAACAUAUAUUAAGCUUUAUUAUGUUGGCAAAAUAAACUACCCUUUAGUUAUAUUGCAUUAUUAUAACAAUUUAAAUUUUAAUUAUGUUGUUCCUUCAUUAGAAGUAGAGUUAUCUAAUUAUAAAUGAUCUUUGUGCACAUAUUCUCUGUGUUUACUGUUGCAAAUGUGCAUUUUUUUGUUCCUGGACUGUAAUGCUUUUGCCCACAGAAUGUGGUUGAUAUAUGCUGUAGUUUAAUAAAUCAGCAUGCAUUUAGGUAUAUCUAUAUAAUUUAUGCAUAUAUAAAAUUAUAUUUCAGUCAAAAUUUUAUUUUAAAAUAAAAUGAUAGCUUACAAAGUAUCAGAAUGAUCAUCUGGCUAUUAGGAGAAAAAUAUAUACUUUUCUCACUACACAAACUUUAUAGGAAUUUUACAAGAAGGUAAGAUUGCUGUACUUUAUUAAUGUUACAAGAAUUCACAUACUGUAAGAUAUAUAAUGCUUUUCAAAAUAAAUUAAAUAUAAUAUGUUGUUAGUUGUUAGUGAAAAAAAUGAGCAUUUAUCUGAUGCGAGAUUGAUUGUUGUUAAACAUUAUUAACUAUUAAUACACACUUGUUAAUAUUUUCCCUGUAUUUUUUAUUCCUCUUAAAGAGCAAGCAGCAGUGACAAAGCCUACAUGUGAUCGCAGUAAGUGGCCAUUACACACUGCUACAGACGUUGGUUGUUUGAACCCCAAGCAAGCUUCACAGCAAUUCAUCAUGUUGCAUUGAGAACUUGCUGUUAGCCAGUACAACUUUGGCCUAAGAGCACUGGGAGUGGCGAGGAAGGAUUAUUUUUGUCCACCGCAUGUAGAGACCACGCACGUGCCGAGACUCGCACACGCUUGGAGUGUAUCGCCAAGCGUCUACUAAUACAGCUAAGAAGAGGGUUUCUUGCGUGGAGCAAACAAGUGGUAUGCGCACGUGUGAAACAUGAAACAUAGAAAUCUAUCACUGAGCAGCUGAAAUACAUGUCGUGAUGGCGGAAAAACCUCGGGCGUUAUUAAAAGAGAGCCAGCGCGCAGGAAAGUUACUACGUAUGUCAAACGUAUCAACUUCUGUGUUGAAUUAAGAUGGGAAAAUAUUAUAAAUAUCAGUACAUUAUUAGAAAGUAAUUAUUUAAGUAUUGUAUUGACACAUUUUUUUGAUGAACUGUAUGUACAGGUUUUUUAUCAGAAGAAUAUCUCAGUAUGACUUUGGUUCACUGCUAGUACAAAAAUUACAUGCUGGAACAGUUUAUUUUUUGUAAUAUUUUCAUUUAUAAUUUCUUGCCUAAGCAAAUUUUUAAGUGGCUGUUAAAUAAUUCCAGCUUUAUGAAAGUCUGAACAUACACUGGGCAGAGAACUGACAAAAUAUAAUUUUUAUUAAAUAUCAUAGGAAAUUUCAGCAUAUCGUAUGAACCGAGAUUUUUUUUUUAAUUGUAGGGAUAGUUACCAGGGAGUGAAAAACAACAUGCAGAUAUACAUAGCACAACAGUUAAGUUUAGCAAAUGAUUUAUUGCUUGAAUCUGAAAAUGAAUAGUUGCAUAAUAUUUAUGUAGUGCUGUAAUUAACACUGUGCACAUAAUCCCCUGACUCCAUCCUCGGAUAUAACACACAGAUGAACCAGUAAACCAUUAUGUAUUAUAACAAAUAUCACAGUUACUAUUCACAGACCUUUUACAAUAUUGUCUAUGGGCAUAGAGCAUUUCUAAAUUAAUUGGUAACCAAACGAGCCGUAGCGAACACUAUCACCAAUGAUGGGGUGAGAAAAAAUAGUGUAUCUAGUUAUGACUUGCCCCUUUCUCAACAAAGCAAAACACUAGAAAAAUCAGUGUUUAUAUUGUAAACUGAGUAUACCUGCUAGACAAUCUUCAGUUCAUUAUUUCUAAUCCUGAUCCCUCUGAUUACAGUAGCCUUGGGUACCCACUUUACUACUUACCUUAUAGCUCGUUUUGCAUUGGGUCCUUGGUGUUGACUCUCUGGUGUCAAGUCCGGUAAGCUCCAUUUUCCGAAGAGGCCGGACCGCAACUCGCCGUCUGCAGACGACUUGCUUCUUGCCAGUCUUCCGGUCUUGGAAUGAGAGUAUGCAUUCGUGUUGCUCUAUAAUCUUCCGGUCUUGAAUGCAACUAUGCACUUUCGCUGCUCAGGAUUCACUCCUCGGCAAUCUUGCAGUCUUGAAUGCACGUAGGUACUCUGGCUGCUCACUUGCUCCCCUGGUACGCUUCCUUCUGCUGCAGGUGCGCGAGUCUCAGACCAGUGACUCCUUGCUCCUCGUUGCUUGUCCUCAACUGGUUCUGAGCAGACAUCACCUCGCCACUUGCUCCCAAUGACGAUUUAUUCUUUACUGCAUACUGACUCGAGCUGAGUACAUGAGUCCUGCUCGUCUGCCGAUUAGUUUAAUCUGAUGAUUUGCUCCCUCCUUGUCACUGAGGUGGUUCUGUCUCUGGUGAAGAGCAUCGCGAACACUAGGUUUGGAUGACUGCUUCUAGUCUACUGCCUCUCGAGUACUGCCCGCAAGAUCUUUUACACACACUGUAUUUAUACCUCCCUGAGGUUCUUGAUGUGAUGUGCCCAAACUAACUGCUGCACAGAGGUGUCUUGACAACUGGGCCGUUGUCUGUUACCAAGUUACAUUGCACUGAUAUUACAUUAGGCAUUCACAGCACUUCUCACCAGUUUUCAUGCUUUUAAGAACAUCAUAAUAUUGAACGUAACGGGUGUAUGUCCCAUUACAAAAUAAACAUACAUGUUGGCGAAGUGGCUAAAGACAUUUGUUGCACCAAUUGAAUUUUUUUUCUUCAAAAUAAACAAUUAGGGAUUAGAUAUGAUUUUGAGCAAGUCAUUAAACUCACAAAAUUUGAAGAGACCUAUGCAGGUUAUGUUCAUUUGAAUUUUUUAUAAGUACCUGGGUAACUGAGCUUCGCUCGGUAUCUUAUUAUUUUUUUGUUGUAAAAUCAUGGUUUUUCAGGGAAUACACCUAUUUAGAUAAAAUUGAAAAGUAAAACGUUAACUAAAUAUAAAUAUUUAUUCAAAUUGUUACAGCCGUUUCCGAGAUACGAGAGGUGUACAUUUUUUCUAUAUUUAUAAAAAAAAUUGUUAUUUAUUCAUACGAGCAAUUUAAAGUUUAAUUUUUUUAUGCAGUGAUCAGAAUAAUUAGAGUUUAUCUGUUAGAGUUUACUUAUAACUCUACCUAUUCCAAUCACUUGAUAUAAGUUUGGAUAGAUUACAUAUUUAGACAAAAACAUGUCAUAUAUAUAUAUAUAUGAAUAUUGUUACGUCCUAUGUGGGAGAACUUAGUUCGUAAGGGAUAGCCCAAUUAACUUUUAUUACAGUUUUAUUAAUUACUAGUAUUUACAUUAAUAAUAAAUAAUUGUACUUAAAAAAAUGUCUGACUACAAAUCACUGACACUUAAAAAUGUUUAUUUUCAAGUCACUCAAUGUAUUGUCAAGUUCCACAGUUCGCAUUCCUCACUGGAGCUAGACUCAACAUCAGGGGGGGGGGGGGGGGGGGGGGUGUCUCUCUCACCCUUUUCGCCAAUGUCACACUUCCUUUCGCUCUCGGAACUCUCGGAACUGCCGUGGAGGCUGGCGCCGCGGCUUAAGUACUCAGGGGCAGCCUUCUUGAACCGAUGAGAGUGGCCGUGAUGAGUCGUGUCAUCCCGGGCCGACCCGACGUCCAAACAGUCCAGAAAAGCAGCGUCAAUUCGCGCUACUCUGUGCAGUGGCCCGCAGAAUUCCCAAGGCCGCUCAGCGAUAUAUAAUGGCGCAGAGGCAGGAGUAUGUGCGUGGAUGUGGAGGGAGGAAGGGGGGUAGCGAUGACCAUUGUAAUCUGACAAGGCACGCAUGGCAUGCCUUAUGUCAGUGGACGGCACGUGACACGGCGCCAGUGGCCUGCCGGGGCCACCAGCCAUCUCCAAACCUGGCGUGUGUUGCAGUCCUGCGUUUGUAACAAUAUUUUGCCAUCCUCACUAUACUUCAUACCUAUCUGCAUAAUAAUUGUAGUCGGUUAAAUAAAAAAAUAACUAAUGCUCAUAGUUAAACUAUCAGCUAUAUUCUGGUUUUUAUUCAUUUUCAUUUCACAGUUAUUAAUUAAAAGUUUUGGAACUUAAUCUAAUACUUCUUUCCAUACUUUGUUUGCGUUAGCGGGUAUGUCGAUAAUUUUCAUUUGGGAGGAAAACUUUUAAUGUACUUGGUCACUUUGCUCAGGAAAAUGCCACAUAGAACAUGCAUGACAUGCAUAAUAUCUGAUGAUCUUAAGUCCACUCCAACAAAUUUAUAAGAUUGGCCUUGAUAUUUUUUUGUGUACUGUCAUGGCAAAUGCAGAUCUUACUGGAAAAUGGUGUGUCUGCAUGGUUCAUCCCAGUUGACCUUUUGAUGAGUCAAGAAUACGUAAUUCUAGGUACAUUUAAGUACUUCUUUGUCUGAUUAUUCACCAGUAACGAUUUUUGCCUUUAUUAUGUUAAUUACACAAUUUGUCACAAUAAGUCUUACACCGUUAUAUAGACCUUCUGAUGUAUCCAAAUUAUGAAACUGCAUUAUUAAUGCCAUUUUUUUUCAACUUCAAUUCAUAUGGUGGCAAGUCUGAAAUGUUGACAGUAUUUUUUAAUUCUGUUGUAAAUUUGAGUGCUCAAUAACGUAAGAAAACUUUGCUAACAUGACACUUUUAUUGCUUCAAACAAUAACACAAUAAAAUUGUAUUGCUAUUGGAUGCAAGUGACAUCUGUAAAGUUCAGUAGCUAAAUUAAAAUUUCUAUUUUAAGUUAAUAAGGUCAUGUAGUGCCAUCUUUUGUUGAGUAUCUAAUUUAAAAACUACAACUUGAGUUGAGUAGAUAUAAUUUUAAAGCAAACAUUGUUGUUAAAAUUGUAUGUUUCUUAAGGGUCCCGCCUACCGGGGCACACACAACGGUGUGCAGAGCGUCAGAAAAACUACCCAAGACAUUGGAGUGGUGUCUGUUUACAAAAAAAAAAACAUUUUUGAAUACGCCGAGGGAGGGUAGGCACUUUUUCCAAAUUUUAUUUUUAAACUGUGUUUCUGGAGGAGUGAAAAUGGUUAAAACGUGUAUUUUCAGAAUAAUUUAUAGGCAUAAAACUCAUGGUACAGAUUUGGAUUACACCUUUAUCUUCAGUUAUCUGCCAUGUUUUGUUACUGUUCAUAUCUCAUAGUUGCCCUAUGAAUGAGAAGAUGUGUGCCAGUCCACAACCUUGCGCUUAAGAGGUGAUACCAUGCCAGAAGCAUGAGUGAGCAUCACACUUACUAUCCUGCUGACACAGGGGUGGGCCCUUUAAACACCUAAUCUAAAGUAAAUUUACUUCCGAUACAUCUGUCUUCUCAAAAUAUUGGUUAUUUGUAUUUUAAACUAGUAUUUUUUUUCUUCAUCCAUUUAAAACUUGGUUAAAGUUUGCAGUCAGAUACAUGUUGGUAUUGUAGGGCUGCGGUUAUAUCUGUAGCAAGAAUACCGGUAUAUUGUAUGUGUGUGUGUCUGUGUAAGUGUUGCGAUCACAUGGGCUCACGUUAGUUACACCACUGGCAAGACCUGGGUAUUAUAUGCAAUAACGCCUGUUUUAUCGUCAGAUUGUUGAUUUUCUCUAUGCAGCAAUGUUCAUUACCAAAGACAGAUCGUGUUUAAUGUAUUGUGAAAGUAUUGGCUAAAUGUUUUAGAGGCUUAUUCAUUAAGCAUGAAUGUAUUAACAACCAUACAUUUUUUAAAUCAGUCUUUUAAAUUUUGUGUGUCCAAAGUUUAUUAAGUGACGGAUGAAAACAUUAAGGAUUAGAAUUUUCGACAAAUUUUCAUUAAUAUUAAAAUAUUUUUAUUACCAGUGAGUGAGGGAGAAGCCAAGUUUAAACUUUAUAACUCUUUUUCAGGAAAAUUAAUUUGCUGCUUAAAAGUGUCCAUUUGAUUGGUUGGGGAAGGUGAUCCUGUCUGUUUUGCCUCCCAUAGCAAGGCUACUCUGUUACAAAUAAAUUCUUCUAAUAGAUAAUAGAUAUACAUGUACACAAGAUUACAUAUGGGAUGUAUUCUGUGUUUUUGAACCCUUAUUAGUGUGGAAUUGAUUUGUCAUUCAAUGAGAAUACUUCAAAUUUUGAAAUUUGGUUCGAACCAUGCCUGGAUUAGAAAGCUGGGUCACGUUGUGGCAUUAUUCUUUCUGUGGGAAUAGUAUUUCAGUUCAGAUUUGUCAGUAGCACAAGUUUCUUUAUUAACAUGUAUCAUUUACUUUUAUUUAUUUAACUUUUUUCUUUAAUUUAGCGUGGACCUAAGAUGUAUAUUUUGUCCUUGUAUUUUGUAUGAUCAUUAUUUUAAGUUACUGUCAAACCCCAGUUCAACGAGCUUGUAGUAUGUUGUAUGGCCUCUAUGUUAUUUUUAUUUUCAUUGCCAAGUUCAUUUCAGUUUUUGUGACUGUGUGUUAGGAACAGAUUGGUGAUUCGCAGUGCAAAAUUAUUUUGGUGCUGAGUUUUUAGUUAAGUGGUUUGGUAGCUUUUUAAUCUUGUAGGUCAUAUAUAGUUUUGUGUGGAUACUGUGCAGAGUAAAACCCUGUCCUUUAUUUUUUAAAUUUAUGAUAUCAAAAUUAUUUCUGCUACCUAUGCUGACUUGUAUUAUUUGUAAUUAUUAUGUAUAAUUCUUCCCCGCACAGCAAUUAGUAAAUUAAAUUUUGCAAUAUGUAAUAUUUUAGCACUUAAUUUCAGGUUUAUAAUAACUAAUAAUAUAUCUAACCUGUAAGGAAAAUAAAAAAAAGAAAGCUAACUGUGGAAUUGUGAAACUAACAUUUAAUUUCCUGUGUGAAUAAUUAAUUUUGGUAUUUGUAGUGAACAUGUCCAGAACAUAGGCUAGGAUUUUUUACACUUCUUCAUGGGACAGGAAAUUUAAAUUUGACUGCUUCUUGGGCGGAAAGCUAGUACAGUAAGUCCUCGGUUUACGUCGGGGUUACGUUCCUGAAAACCGCGACGUAAAUAGAAACGACGCAAAAUGAGCCAUGUUUCAUGCCACCGGCCGGCCACGGCCCAAGGUCGGCCGGAAGCGCUGGCAUACAGACGUGACAACGGGCAAUUUGAUCAGCAAAUGACAACCGACAGCGUGGGAAACAAGUCCAACUAGUACUGCUCAGCUUUAUAGAAUGGUUAUUUAACCAGCUGCUUUAUUACCUUUAUUGAUUGAAAUAUAAAAACAGAUAUAUAGUACAUACUGUACGUAAGAGCAGGAAGCGUCCCUCAUGAUGUAUGAUAAGAUAAGGCGGUGAACGUGUAGCUUACGCUACAUAGCAUAAAUUAACUACCGAAGGAAACAAAGAAUUAUAAACGAAUUAUAUAUGGUGUUUUGGUUAAAAUAAAGAUUUAUGGUCAUUGUAAACGACGUUAUUGUGAAUCGGCGACAACUUAAAUUGAAACAUAAGUACUCAAACAUUAGCAACGUUAAUCCGAAACGACGUAAAUCGGUAUGACGUAAAUAGAGGACUUACUGUACUGAGGUUUUAAAUGGCGACUUUGCUUUGGCAGGAUUUGCAUGCAGCCUAUUUACCACAAACACAAUUCAACAUUAGAAUUCCUUACUUGUUAAAAAUUUUAACAAAAUUAUCUGCAUUUGUCCGGUAUAAAAAGUUUAUCAGUGUUCUUGCCUUAGUGCCAGAUCCACAUUUGAAAUGUUUUUCUUAUAUUACAGUUAGAUAUUUUCAUGCUCUUAACUCAAAAUAAAACUAUGAAAAAAAGGUUUUAUAACAAUGCUUUCCUUGGUUUGUAAAUUAUAGAAAGUACUUUUCUGAGAAUUUAACUAUGUAGUUAGUAUCAAUUCUUUGCUAAUAUAAGUUGCAUUUCUAAAUACUACAUAUUAGAAAGGAUUUUUGAAAUAUACUUAACACAUUGGCUCAUUAUUUGUAUUUUCAACUUGACUCCUUGAUGAAAGUAAGCCAGGGGUUUGACUGUAAUGUUUUUUUACCAAGUACUGAUUUUAAUAUGUAUGUAUAUAUUUUUUAGUCAAUAGUGGCAAGGUUUUUUACUUUUUGUAUAUGCUUUAUUGUGGUGUGAAGUCCAGUUCAGGUCUAAAAGUGCUCAGAUUUCUGUGAAAACCAAAUAUUUCCACCAGCAGUAUUACAAAUAUGUUGAAUGUCGAUACUUCCUGAGGUAUGGAGCCAGUGUACGGUUCUGAUGCCUACCUGUGGAUCAGUUUAUAUAAAGCGUUUUUAUUUAGUACUAUUUGUUAGUACAUUUACAAAACCAUGUAAUAUAUCUUCAUUCUUCAUAUUUUUGAUUUUACAAAGUGUAUUGAUGUAAUGACAUGGUAAUUUUCAUAUUGAGUUUUUUCCUUUGUCUCUCGUGUGCUUUCUCUCUCUUUCUCUCUCAUGGAGGUGAAUGCAAGAAGUUAACAGAAGUAGUUAUGUCAUUGUAUUAAGUGUCUGUAAAUUGAAAGUCAAGGAGAAUAAUUUUUAGUUCAAAAAUAUUAUUUUAGUUGUAGCUUAUCCAUUUACAUAAAUUUGAGUUAGAGCAAUGAGCAUCAUGAACUACUGUUAAAAUUUUUUAUAAAUUUUAAUUACUUUUUAAAAAUAAUACUUUUGUUGUACCUAAAAUUGAACUAUUUUUAAAAUUCCUAGUGUAAUGUUUUGGAAAUAUUUUGGAAAUUUUUUUUACAAAAUUUCUUAUGGUAAAAUUUGACCUUGAAUUCACAAAUAUCAAUUUUUUUUUGGUUUUGUGUAUAUACCAUUGCUAAUAACAUAUUGUAGCUUACUCAUAUUCGUAAUUUUGGUUAUAAUUAUAAUUGUAAACUGCAACUGUAAUUCUAUGCAGAAUGUCACUAAAUUUUGGGAAAUAGACCUCACAGGGGAUCAUCUUCCAUGAACUUUCUGUUGCAAACAUCCAGUAACUUAAAUUAAUCAUAUGAAAGAUAUCUUCUACUUAAAUUUAAUGUACUGUUCGUAACUUAAGUUUUAAUUUAGUUUUUUUUAACUGAUAAUUUUAUUUUGGCAGGUAGCUAAAUGUUUCUUCAGUAAAUUUGGUUUUUAGAUAUUAGUUAUUGGUUUCAUUUCUGGGUAUGUAAUCUGAUUAACUUCAAUAAAUUAAGAAUUUUGUAACUUGAAAGGAUAGCCAAUAUUGUGUCUUGACAUUUGAUAUGGAAUUGUGAUCUCCAUAUAGUUCGAUUGCAAGACAAAAGCAGUGCAAUGUUUGGAUGUUGAAGUUGCUAGUAUAUUUCACCUUAUUUGGCAAGCUGUGUUAUUGGUGUUCACCUAGGCUCGUGUUGCAGGCUUCACAUUAUCAAUGCCUGGUCAGUCUUCACACUUAAGUAUUUACAUGAGUAAUUGUAGGUUUUCUGCCUGUGUGCAUGUUAAUACAUAGAUACACAUACUUACAAACUGAGUUCCUCUUUUACACAAGCCUUAGUAAAAAUGGAAUAUAAUUGUAACGUUCUGUCGAGGGCGAGCGUCGACCGUUGCCUUUGUAGAUUCCCACUCAGCAGCGUUCACGCUGUGGUGAGUGUUUUCUCAUAGAUUUUGAUACUCUUAGUCAUCUGCUAUGGUCAUAUGUCUGAACAGAUUUCUUGUUAAGUUCUCUGUCUCCCUUGUAACUUGAGCAGCCCUGGACUGGAUGUUGGGAAGCAGUAGUGCAGUAGUUAAUGUAAGACUAUACAUAAGCCAAAUGUUACAAAAAACUAUUAAUUUAUAUUUUGUAUACAUGGUAACAUAUCAGACUACAGAAAUAUUGUUACUUUAUUAAGGGUAAGAUUUGUCUGUGCUUGAGAAUUUUUUGGAACAAUACAUUCCAUUAAGGUCAUGAUUUUAGUGCAAGAAUUUCUCUCUUUUAACAAUAAAAUUGUGUGUUUGCAGUAGCAAAUCUGGAAUGAAACUGUUAUUAAAUGAAUUAUUAAUAUAGAUUUUCCUGUUUGGUGUGCAGUAGGCAUUGCACUGAUUUUCUUGCUUCUCUGAUUGAUGUUUUUAACUUACUUCGUCAUCCUUUUAACAUUAGUUUAAUACAGUCAGUAUGUCACCAGUGAGAUUUGGUUGUGAAAAAAUUUCAGUCCAGACAUGUGUGUGCAUAUCUCUAUUUUCCAAGGACUUUACAUUUCUGUAUAUUCUAUUGGAAAAAUGUUUUAUGCGUGAAAUGCUUUGAUAUUUAUGUUCAUGGGUAUGAGUGUGUGUGUGGAUAAUGUCAAAGAUGUCAAAAUUGUUUUGGCUAGUUCCCCCCCCCCCCCCAAAUCAUCUCUAUUUAAUUGGUUUUUUGCUGAAAAGAUUCAGAUUUUUUUUUUCAUUUGCAGUAGUUAAUGUAAUUUAUUGGCUCAUUUAACUGAAAAUCGGUAAUGUAAUGAAUAUAAUUAAAACCUAAGUGUUUAAACUGUUACAGGCUUAGUCUGAUCAUUGAACCUUUUCUAAAACACUAGUUAAAGACUGUUAUAAUGUCUUGUUAAAAUUAUUUUUUUUUUCAAUUUUGUUGUUGGGGACAGUGAUUUUUUAAUACUCUUUGUAAGUCUACAGCUGUCAUUGAGUAUUUAGUUUAAGACAAGUGCAGGAAUCUGUACUGUUAGAAUGUUACUGCAUACACUCAUUUUAAGUCCAAGAACUAAUUUAAUUCUUUUUUUUUUUUUUUUUUUUACUUUUAAUCUUUGCAACAUUGGUGGAACUAAAUGUGAAAUGGUGCAUCCUUAAUUUGUGCAAAAUAGAUAAUUACACUUUCAAAAAUAUGCACGUGUAAUUUCAACUCUGAUCUCAAGCAGCUGCUACAGAAUCCAAUAAAUUCUUAGAGCAAGACUAUAUCUUACUGUGCUGUUUCGUGACAUUCUACCCUGUAAGAACAUAAGUAUUACAACUCACCAAAUUGAAAUCAUGCUUUUAUGAUUUCUGGGAACUGAAAGUAGUUGGUUAUGUAAAUCUUCAGAACAAAUUAUUUAAGUUUGUAUUAUUGAAACCAAUUUUUUUUUUUAUUUAUUGAAUUUUGGUAUUCAGAGAAUGUGAUUUAUAGCAUCCAUGUUGCUUGUUAAUAUAAUAUUAUACCAUGUGUAUGAUUAAAUAUUGAAACUAUAUUUGUCAGUGGCGUAGGUAGGAUUUUGUUUGGUGGUAUAGGGUGGGCUUGGGUUGCAUUAUUGGAAAACUGUGAGGUGUCAUAACAUAUAGGUAUAUAUAGCUGUAUGAGAUGAUAAAACACUCAUAUUAUGAAAUUGUUUUAAUUUCAAAAUGUUUUUAUUUAAAACUUGACGAAUUUUGAGGUUAUUUCGUUCUAAUAUAACAAAACAUUUUAAAACUGUGUAACGUAGUAGUAAUUAAGUAGAAACUUAACAAAAAUAUCCUGAUCCUUUUAAUAUGCUAUUUUGAGGUGAAUUUUUAAUUUAAAAAAGUUCAUAUAAGGGGGAAAAAACAUGAAAGUAUUUAUAUAUUAAUAAGAAUACUCUGAGUCAGAGAUAGGUGGAGAUUUGGUCAUAGGGCUUAAAAAUAGAAAAACUCUGAAAACCUAAUCAUUUUUCAUGUCAGAGCUUAGCCAGCUGCAUUUGCAGCAGCCCCACUAAAUGGAAUACAUAGUAUAUUUACUUAGUUUUUCAUGUAGGUACUGCAAGAAUGAAAGAAGGGAAAGGAGAUGCAAAGCGUUUAUUGAAGUCAAGUUGGUCCAUCACAUGACAGUCAACAGAACAUAUUUUUCACAGUGAAAAUAUUUGUAGAUUGAAUGUCUUCAUUAUAUUUUUCUUCAUCAUAUUUGUGGUCUUGUAUUACUGUUUAUAAUAACAUGUGUAUCCAGGAAAUUAAAUUUGGUAACAGCAGUGCAUCUUGUAUUUCGAAACUGAAUGACAAAACAUGAUGGUUGUCAUGUAGUACUCAAUUGUCAUGUGACAGUGUGAUGAAAAAAUACGUAGAGAAUAACCAAAAUGGUAACCUGAGUAGAAGUUAAGAAAAUUGAGGACAAGGAGACCGUGAUUGCAUCUUACAGCUACAGCUAUUAGGGAAAACUUUGUUUGAUAGGUAUGUUAUAAAAUUGUAUUUGUUUAUUUUCUCCAUUGUAAACCAUAUUGGGGAUUAAGAAUUUUUGAGUGAAUUCAAACAAAAUUAGACUUUUAAAAAUUAUUUUUUAUUGGAUGUGUUUUAUAUUUGUCAGUUAAUGUUAAACUUUCUGGGGUCUGUUUGAAGAUGUCAAGUCCUACAUAGUCCAGUACUUACGCCACUGAUAUUGGUUGAUUCUUAUCAUUUAUCCUUUAUAAUGUGACUGAUGCUUGAAGUAGAUUUUACAUUAUGAAUUUGAAGUAUUAUCCAUAUAAUAGCUUCAGGUUUUGGUUGUCAUAUUAUUUUGAUAUAAAUGUAGCCUGUUGUAAAGGCCAAAGAUUGCAUAUAAAAUAAAAAUUAGUACUACA